UCCCCUGGGCCCCAGAGAUGGAGGUAGGGGAUUGUCUGGUGUCAGACAACACGGUGUCCGUAGCCUGGAAGAUGCCAGUGGAGGACAGCAAGAUAGACCACUACAUACUGGAGUACAGAAAGACCGACCACGAAGGACUGCCACGCAUCAAAGACGAACACUGCUGGGAGGUGGUGGAUAACAUCAAGACCACAGAAUACUCACUGUCAGGUACGAAACUAGAGUAGACCUACUGUAGCCUGGUCCCAGAUCUGUUUGUGCCGUCUUGCCAACUCCUAUGGCCAUUGUCAUGCCACUUGGCAAGACGGCACAAACAGCUCUGGUACCAGGCUAAGACUGCACUGUCUUCAUGUAGCUUCCUGUGUUUUAAAACGUGAACCAGGCUAAGACUGGACUGUCUUCAUGUAGCUUCCUGUGUUUAAAACGUGAACAAUCCAUAUAGCUUUGCUUCACCUAAACGUUUGUAACUUUAUCAAAGUGUGAAAGCUUGUUCACCUACAGAACGUUAUGAACCAAUGCAGAUAAUGGAAUGUUCAUCCUCCAGGUUUAAAGUUUGACUCCAAGUUCAUGAACUUCCGGGUACGAGCAUGCAACAAGGCAGCAGCUGGAGAAUACUCGGAUCCAGUUACCCUGGAAACCAGAGGUAAGACGGUUAGUUACCCUGGAAACCAGAGGUAAGACGGUUAGUUACCCUGGAAACCAGAGGUAAGACGGUUAGUUACCCUGGAAACCAGAGGUAAAACUAUUGCACUAUGUUGUCUUGGAUCUUUAAUUACGUAGUCAUUACAAUAUUGAUAUAAAAGUUAUUUGACUUAAGUGUUUUCCCCGGCAACAAAAACGUAAGAAAAUGCCUGCUAUAUCUCGUGUUUGUUUGUUUGUUUGAUUGAUUGAUUGAUUGAUUCCCUCCCCAGCGUUCAACUUUGGCUUUGACUCGUCUUCGGCCCACCUGAACCUGAAGGUAGAGGACGGGAGUGUGGAGUGGGACCCCCAGGGGGGCAAGGGGCUGGAGAACAAGCUCAAAGGCAAGGAGAACAAGGGCAGGUGAGAACUGAACUGAAACAAAUACACGUCCCAAAUGGACCCCUAGGCCCUAUGCACUUGUGGAGAUCUGAGAGGAUUUGAUUGGUAGAAGCAAUGUGUAGACACUUCGACCGAGCCUAUCAGAGGGCGAGGUGUAGAUAUUACCAUAUUGACUGCACCUGUGAAAUCCUCUUAGCUCUCCACAUAGGUUUUAGGGUCUAGGGAUCCAUUUGGGAUUGGGCCUAAUCCUCAUUUUACCUGGAACUCUCAUUGAAAUAGCCUGGUCCUAGAUCUGUGUGCUCUCUUUCCAACUUCUGUGGUCAUUGUCACUUUUGGCGUGACAGGACAUACACAGGUCUGGGUACCAGGCUACCGUUCAACCGCUUUUUCUCUCGCAUUCUUCUUUCUUUAGUUCAUGGGCUGUGUUUCCACAGACCACCCAAUUAUUGGCAAAAGAGCUUAUCUGAUUGGUCAAAAGGACAAAAGGCCAUUUCACUUGCAGCAUUGUUACUCCAGACACUGUCUGCCAAGUUGAGGCCUCAUUUCUUCAAGCUGCAGUGUUGAUACUCUUAGAAAAGGAUAUUGGAAAAACAAUUCUAGGCUCCGUCGUAAAGGGGCACUUCCAGCUGGCUACAUCCAGUUGGCUACAUCCAGUUGGCUACAUCCAGUUGGCUACAUCCAGUUGGCUACAUCCAGUUGGCUACAUCCAGCUGGUACAUCCAGUUGGCUACAUCCAGCUGGCUACAUCCAGUUGGCUACAUCCAGUUGGCUACAUCCAGUUGGCUACAUCCAGUUGGCUACAUCCAGCUGGUACAUCCAGUUGGCUACAUCCAGCUGGUACAUCCAGUUGGCUACAUCCAGUUGGCUACAUCCAGUUGGCUACAUCCAGUUGGCUACAUCCAGCUGGUACAUCCAGUUGGCUACAUCCAGUUGGGUACAUCCAGUUGGCUACAUCCAGUUGGCUACAUCCAGCUGGUACAUCCAGUUGGCUACAUCCAGUUGGCUACAUCCAGUUGGCUACAUCCAGUUGGCUACAUCCAGUUGGCUACAUCCAGUUGGCUACAUCCAGUUGGCUACAUCCAGCUGGCUACAUCCAGUUGGCUAUAUCCAGUUGGCUAUAUCCAGUUGGCUACAUCCAGUUGGCUACAUCCAGUUGGCUACAUCCAGCUGGCUACAUCCAGUUGGCUACAUCCAGUUGGCUACAUCCAGUUGGCUACAUCCAGUUGGCUACAUCCAGCUGGCUACAUCCAGUUGGCUAUAUCCAGUUGGCUACAUCCAGUUGGCUACAUCCAGUUGGCUACAUCCAGCUGGCUACAUCCAGUUGGCUACAUCCAGUUGGCUACAUCCAGUUGGCUACAUCCAGUUGGCUACAUCCAGUUGGCUAUAUCCAGUUGGCUACAUCCAGUUGGCUACAUCCAGUUGGCUACAUCCAGCUGGCUACAUCCAGUUGGCUACAUCCAGCUGGCUACAUCCAGUUGGCUACAUCCAUGUUUUGACUAAUAAGCUUAGUUCAUCAGAACCCAAAAUAGAAGCUUGUUUUACUGAAAUGUUUGUAAACAAAGUACUACAUAGCCUCAAAAUAUGGUUAAAACUAUCAUUUUGAUUCCAUGGAUGGUCAGUCCUUAUAUCCAUAGUCCUGUCUAUACAUUUGAGUCGUUACAUUUCUCCAGCCCCAUCCCUCAGCUUUUUACUUGAAACAGGGGCAGGGAGGAGGCUUUGAUAUUGUUUCAACUGCGGAUUGCCCCAUUAAAGAGAGAAUUCAUAGUUCCCGUAGUAUUCUCUGGACUGUCUGGAGAGAUGUUUACUCAGCUAUAGUGUAGGAUUUGCGUUAUUUAGUGCCUAAUGGAAUGGAACCUCUUUUAGCGUCCUUUAAAUAGCAAGCUUCACCAUGACACCCACAGAAUGUCUUUAUUUUAACCAGUUGCUUUUAUUGUUUCUUUGUGGUCGUCAACAGUGCUCAUCUUACCAAUCUGAAGAACAUGUCAAGGUGACCAUGUGUGACUUUAAGCUGUAGAAUGUAGCAUUAGGCUACCUUUAACCUGUGGCAUUAGGCUACCUGAAUGUAGCAUUAGGCUACCUUUAACCUGUGGCAUUAGGCUACCUGAAUGUAGCAUUAGGCUACCUUUAACCUGUAGCAUUAGGCUACCUGAAUGUAGCAUUAGGCUACCUUUAACCUGUAGCAUUAGGCUACCUGAAUGUAGCAUUAGGCUACCUUUAACCUGUGGCAUUAGGCUACCUGAAUGUAGCAGUAGGCUACCUGAAUGUAGCAUUAGGCUACCUUUAACCUGUAGCAUUAGGCUACAUUUAACCUGUAGCAUUAGGUACCUUUAACCUGUAGCAUUAGGCUACCUUUAACCUGUAGCAUUAGGCUACCUGAAUGUAGCAGUAGGCUACCUGAAUGUAGCAUUAGGCUACCUUUAACCUGUGGCAUUAGGCUACCUGAAUGUAGCAGUAGGCUACCUGAAUGUAGCAUUAGGCUACCUUUUAACCUGUGGCAUUAGGCUACCUGAAUGUAGCAUUAGGCUACUUGAAUGUAGCAUUAGUCUACCUGAAUGUAGCAUUAGGCUACCUGCAUGUAGCAUUAGGCUACCUGCAUGUAGCAGUAUGUGACUUUAAUGUAGAAUUAGGCUUCCUGAAUGUAGCAUUAUGUUACUUGAAUGUAGCAUUAGGCUACUUAAAUGUAGCAUUAGGCUACCUGAAACCUGUGGAAUUGUAUUAGGUAGAGACCGCUUGUGGUCGUGUUCGUACGCUCCAGCAAACAAACGCUUAGAUAUGUUUUAUUCAUCAAGUCCCUUCCAGGUUUUUGUGUGAACAGUUUACAGAUUAUUUUCAGCAAAGUCUAUUUUUGCUCGUUGAGGUCUGUGAGAAUUAACCUCCUGAAAAUGACUUGAUAUUGAGAAUCUGUGUGUGACUGACUUCACUAGUCACCUACAUAUGGAGAGGGUAGCUCUUUACCAACUAUUGAUUUAGGCCAAAUAAUUGCACAUUUGAUUUGGUUAAACUGGACAUGGUUGCCGUCCACGAACAAAGAAAAUGAUUAAAUCUUAUUCUGUCCUGAAAGAAGCUCCAUCUGUAGAUUACAUCCUAACUCUGUUUCUGUUUCUAAAACCCCCUUAUUUCUCACUCUCCUUCUAAAGAAAUCAAAUUAACCUCUACCUUCAGCUGACCAAUCUCUGUUACAGAAUCAAUGUAUAGUUAAUAGCACAGAAUUGAUUUUGUUUUUACCCAUUUUCCCUGAUUGCAACGAAUGGUUUUGGUGAGUAACAGUUCUAGUGUACUAUUUGUAAUAUACAUGUUUUUCAUUCGUUCCAUAUCAUGUUCACAAAAACAAAAUGAUCACAACUAUGAUUACAACAAUGAUCACAACAACAAUCACAACAACAAUCACAACCAUGAUCACAAUGCUCUCUCAGAAAAAAAAAACUAGAAAAAUAAGUCCCGCUUUAAAUUACAUUCAGCUUAUAAAGGCUUCAUAAAGCCUUCAUAAUGCCUUCAUAAGCACUACAUAAAUGUGUUACAAAGCAUCUAUAACCAUAUGUCAUGCUUUAUAAAGGGUUCAUAAAUGUGGCAUAACCCACUAUGGCAUACGCUCUAAAGUGAUGUCAUGUUAGUCACGUGACACCUAAUCUCGUUCCCAGACACUUCCGGAAGGUCUGGUGGACCAACGCAUCAACCUUGGCCUUCAUUAGUUAGGUUUAAAAUCACAUUUUAUGAAGAUAACUUGUGGAAUUGGGCAGGGUUCAGCAAUAAUUGUGACUUUUUGACUGUGUUAAGUAGUGACGAGGACAAAUACUUUACUCAGUAAGGUCACUCCUAUAGAAUUCUAUGGUCACUUCCAUUUAAGGCCAACUUUGAAUGGUUGAUCUCCCAGGGUUAUAUGUGCUGUGCGUUCAAUAGCCUGGGGACGACGUUACGCCAAGAAACACUCACCUUGAUGAAAAGCCCCCAACCUAAAUACAUUGAAAGUGGCUUUCUUCUGGAAUCAAGUUACCGUAUUUUCCGCACUAUAAGGCGCACCGGAGUAUAAGCCGCAGCAGCUAAAUUGAAUGAUAUUGAAUGAUGCGUACAUAUAUAAGCCGCACUGGACUAUAAGCCGCAGGAGUUUUAAUGUUUAAUUACCAUAUGUAAGGGUUCGUGCACAGAGGGGAUUGUCGGGAAAGAGAUGGCUGCUUGAGGAAGCUCCCAUUUAUUAACAUUUCAACAAACAGGUUGCAUAUUUGCAUAACGUAUUCAAGUGUUACCAUUUAGUGCAAUAGUAGCUACAGAACAUAUACUGUGCUGUGUAAACUGUACUGUAUCACACAGCGUUGCAGACACACAAACUUUUCAACUUUCAAACGUAAACGGUCCCAGCGCACAUACCGGCAGUGAUCUACAGCAGUGGUUUUCAACCAGUGGUCCUUGAGGGAGUGCUAGGGGUUCCCCAGCAAAAUUAGUUAAUAGCGUCACAAUCAUUUAACCACUUAACUUUGGUUAUUUUUGAAAAACCUUGAAAAAGUGUGCACAUCUUUGAAUAUUUAUCUACAUUAUAGCCUACAGUAGUACCAUAACAAAAAACAAAGCUUACAGCGCUUGACGAGGGAAUAUCAAUGGCUAAAUUAAAUGUGUUUUUUUAAAAGUGCAAAAUAAAGUGCCUGUAACACGACAGUAAGCGCGUAAGCCUAAAGUUGCAGCAACACGGCUGCUUAAAAUAUACGGUAAUCAGCCUACCAGAAAAGUCAUUAAUCCUCGUCUUCAUCUUUUAGGCUAAGGUGCAGUACACGGCUGUAACCAGAAAAGUCAAGUCAUUAAUCCUCAUCUCCGUCUUCUUCCUGCGUACUAAAACCACCAAAGUCCUCAUCUUCAGUGUCGGAAACUAACAGGCUCAGGGUGGCUUCGUCAGCCACUCUCCUCUCUCCUUCGUUGUCGCUCUCAAAACCAACGAACUCCUCUUCAUCACUGUCGGAAUCGAACAGCCUCUAAAGGGCCUCAGCUGUGGCGGCGUCCUCCUCUUCAUCACGCAGCAGUCCAGCCUUUCGGAACCCGUUAAUGAUCGUGGAUGUUUUGACAGCCAGAUUGACUGCCUUUAACUUAAAAGCUGCAUCAUAUGCAUUUCUACAUUUGUUUUCCAUAAUGAGGGUUUGUGCAUGAAAACUUCCUUUGCACAAACUGUCUCGCUCUCGUAAUGCUCGUUCUGUCUCUCGUACCACUCUCGGUUCCACUUUUACUUUUGCGCCGGCCUCCAGCUUUUCCUGCUGGAGCCCGCCGCUUAAAGGUGGGGGGCGCGGACCGGUCAUAGAGCCCAUAGAGUUAAAGUUGAUGGACUGUAACCUGUAAAAUCCAUAGAUUUAGGAGGUCUUCUAGUGGCCGUUAGCUGUAAAAAUCCAUAGAUUAGCCGCACCGUUAUAUAAGCCGCAGGGUCGAAAAAUGGGAAAAAAGGCGCGGCUUAUAGUCCGAAAAGGACCGAGUUUGGGAAACUCUGGGCUAGCCGACCCUCACUGUGUAUCUGCGAGCUGUUGGCUGGAGCGCACGUAGAGCCUACAUGACGGGAUUAUUAUGGACAAAAUAGCAAGAUUAUUUGUAUUUGUCAAACGGCAGCCAAGCAUCGAUCAUCAUGUCACCAGAAUAAGAGCGUCGAUAUUUAUUGAAAGGAGCAUCAAGCUCAUCACCACCCUGCCACUGCUAUUGACACUGCAGUGUUGGGGAAGAGCAAGAAAGGCAUUUCACUGUACUGGUGCACAUGACAAUAAAAACUUGAAACGUUCAUCAGAACUUAUUUGAUCUGUAGCCUAAUAAACUGCAUCCUUUCCCCAGUCGUAGUGGGAGGCCACACAACAUGCUUAAAGACGUUGGAUGGAAACCUGAUUAGUGUUUCAAUCACCACCUGAGAAGUCUUAUAUCUGAUGUAUUUGCCUGUAGAGGAUGUAUCCAUAUCGGCCAUGUCACAGCUAUGUUCCUAACUUGUCCAGGAGUAUCCUUCCACCUCUCAAUUUCAACCUUAAAAUAGUCCCUUACACCGAGAUCCCGUCUAGUCCAAUAACAUCUCAGAUUGGUCUGUUUGUUACCAGUUCUCAUCUCAUCUCAUUUCCAUUGGUCUGUUUGUUACCAGUUCUCAUCUCAUCUCAUUUCCAUUGGUCUGUUUGUUACCAGUUCUCAUCUCAUCUCAUUUCCAUUGGUCUGUUUGGUACCAGUUCUCAUUUCAUCUCAUUUCCAUUGGUCUGUUUGUUACCAGUUCUCAUCUCAUCUCAUUUCCAUUGGUCUGUUUGUUACCAGUUCUCAUCUCUCAUUUCCUCUUCCACCCUGUUUGCUUGUGUCUUACACCACUAAAAGCUUGAGUUUGUUUGCAAUCUGAUAAACUGUUGAAGUGCGUAUAAAAGAGCGUCUUCAUCCGUAUGUUUCAUACUGCAAGGGUUGUUGUUUAUCUUCAUAGUUUACCAAUGACAUCUGUGGAAAACUCCAUCUUCUUUCAGAUAAAUUGGUCCUUGGAGCUGGAUACCUAGCUGAAAGGAAAUGGGCUUCUCCACAGCAUCCUGUUCACUCUACUGUCUUGUCUGUUGCGAUGCUAAUCUUUAGAAUGUCAGUGUGUUGCGAUGCUAAUCUUUAGAAUGUCAGUGUGUUGCGAUGCUAAUCUUUAGAAUGUCAGUCUGUUGCGAUGCUAAUCUUUAGAAUGUCAGUCUGUUGCGAUGCUAAUCUUUAGAAUGUCAGUGUGUUGCGAUGCUAAUCUUUAGAAUGUCAGUGUGUUGCGAUGCUAAUCUUUAGAAUGUCAGUGUGUUGCGAUGCUAAUCUUUAGAAUGUCAGUCUGUUGCGAUGCUAAUCUUUAGAAUGUCAGUGUGUUGCGAUGCUAAUCUUUAGAAUGUCAGUGUGUUGCGAUGCUAAUCUUUAGAAUGUUCUGCCCUUCCUUCCUUCCUCUCGGUUGUAGAAGUGGAACUCCGUCUCCCAAGAGAACGUUGACGACUCGGUCGCCUGCCAUCAGAGGAGGCAGAGACAGGUUCACUGGAGAGUCCUACACCGUGCUAGGUAAGUAAACACAACGUAAAGGGGCGGCAGGUAGCUUAGUGGGUAAGAGCGUUGUGCCAGUAACCGAGAGGUCGCUGGUUCUAAUCCCCGAGCCGACUAGGUGGAAAAUCUGUCGCUGUGCCCUUGAGCAAGGCACUUAACCCUAAUUGCUCCUGUAAGUCACUCUGGAUAAGAGCGUCUGCUAAAUGACUAAAAUGUAAAAAUGUAAAUGUAAUGUAAAUGUAAACACAACGUUAACACAUCACUGUGCUAGGUAAACACAACGUUAACACAUCACUUUGCUAGGUAGGUAAACGCAACGUUAUCACAUUACUGUGCUAGGUAAACACAACGUUAACACAUCACUGUGCUAGGUAAACACAACGUUAACACAUCACUGUGCUAGGUAAACACAACGUUAACACAUCACUGUGCUAGGUAGGUAAACACAACGUUAACACAUCACUGUGCUAGGUAAACACAACGUUAACACAUCACUGUGCUAGGUAAACACAACGUUAACACAUCACUGUGCUAGGUAAACACAACGUUAACACAUCACUGUGCUAGGUAGGUAAACACAACGUUAACAUAUCACUGUGCUAGGUAGGUAAACACAACGUUAACACAUCACUGUGCUAGGUAGGUAAACACAACGUUAACACAUCACUGUGCUAGGUAAACACAACGUUAACACAUCACUGUGCUAGGUAAACACAACGUUAACACAUUUAUGUGCUAGGUAAACACAACGUUAACACAUCACUGUGCUAGGUAAACACAACGUUAACACAUCACUGUGCUAGGUAAACACAACGUUAACACAUUUAUGUGCUAGGUAAACACAACGUUAACACAUCACUGUGCUAGGUAGGUAAACACAACGUUAACACAUCACUGUGCUAGGUAAACACAACGUUAACACAUCACUGUGCUAGGUAAACACAACGUUAACACAUCACUGUGCUAGGUAAACACAACGUUAACACAUCACUGUGCUAGGUAAACACAACGUUAACACAUCACUGUGCUAGGUAAACACAAUGUUAAUACAUCACUGUGCUAGGUAGGUAAACCCUACCAACCUUAUAGCACUCACGUCUGUAGCCAUGAAGUGCUUUGAAAGGCUGGUCAUGGCUCACAUCAACACCAUCAUACCAGACACCCUAGACCCACUCCAAUUAGCAUACCACCCCAACAGAUCCACAGAUGACGCAAUCUCUAUUGCACUCCACACUGCCCUUUCCCACCUGGACAAAAGGAACAUCUAUGUAAGAAUUAGUGGCGUGCUGUGUUCUGUCAGAAGUCUCUACCCACGAAGGGUAGUCGUUAGUGGCGUGCUGUGUUCUGUCAGAAGUCUCUACCCACGAAGGGUAGUCGUUUAGUGGCGUGCUGUGUUCUGUCAGAAGUCUCUACCCACGAAGGGUAGUCGUUAGUGGCGUGCUGUGUUCUGUCAGAAGUCUCUACCCACGAAGGGUAGUCGUUUAGUGGCGUGCUGUGUUCUGUCAGAAGUCUCUACCCACGAAGGGUAGUCGUUAGUGGCGUGCUGUGUUCUGUCAGAAGUCUCUACCCACGAAGGGUAGUCGUUUAGUGGCGUGCUGUGUUCUGUCAGAAGUCUCUACCCACGAAGGGUAGUUGUUUAGUGGCGUGCUGUGUUCUGUCAGAAGUCUCUACCCACGAAGGGUAGUUGUUUAGUGGCGUGCUGUGUUCUCACUGCUCUGUCAGAGGAUUCAUAACAGAGGACACAGUGCUAGGUAAACAUGUUCAACAGGGUUUUCGUGUAUUAUGAUGUUUUGGGUGUCAGUGUUUGUUCUCUCCCAAGGUGGGAUUGAUAAGGUUUCCUGUCCUCCACACCCAGGUAUAACAUUAUUAUAUCAUAAUAUAAUAUCCACUCCCAAGGCACACCAGAAGUCUGUGUAGUGAUUCAUAAGAUGUCCUGUCUGUCCUCUCCAGUCCCCACCCAGGUAUUAUGUAUGAAAUCAUACUACCACAGUAUCCAGCCACCAGGUGACACCAGUUGUGUAUUUAUGUGUGUUUGCUCUGUCUGUCAAGGGAUUGAUAAGCCUUCAUGUCUGUCCACCGCUCCCAGGUGACACCAGUUGUGUAUUUAUGUGUGUUUGCUCUGUCUGUCAAGGGAUUGAUAAGCCUUCAUGUCUGUCCACCGCUCCCAGGUGAUACCAGUAUGGACUGUGGUCAACACUACUGGGAGGUGAAAGCUCUUAAAGACUGUAAGUCCUACAGCGUCGGGGUCUCCUACAGGAACCUGGGGAAGUUCGACCAGCUGGGAAAGACCAACACCACAUGGUGUAUCCACAUCAACACCUGGCUGCAGACCUCCUUCUCCGCCAAGCACAACAACAAGGCCAAGAGUCUGGACGGCGCCGCACCUGACCGCAUCGGAGUCUUCUGUGACCUGGACUCAGGUGGGUUGAUGUUAGAGACAUAGGAACCCAGACCUGGGUUCAAAUAUUAUUUGAAAUAUUUCAGAUACUUUGAGCCUUUGCUUUAGCCUGUCUGAGGUGGCAGAUAGGUGGUGUUUACACUUUUGGGACUCUUUUAUUGGUUCCGUUUCGGCAGGAAAGCUCAGUCAAGCACAGCUAAAGUAUUCCAAAAAAAAUGUCAAAUAGUAUUUGAAGUUUGAACCCAGGUUUGAUAGGAGCUGUGGUUCAAUGGAUUUCAACACCUGGCAGGUAUUAAAAUCCUGUUGUUGAUCCAUACAUUUUAUGCAGCUAUACGUGUGAUAUAUUGUACUGACAAUUUCACCAACUGAGAACAAGGUGAGCCUCGUUGUUCUAUUGUACAUGUAGUGGUGUGUUUUACAGCCAGUCAGGGUGGAAUAGCAUAUCCCUCAGGUGACGGUGACAUAGGCCAUCGGAUACGGCCAUAUUGGAUUUCAGCCAUCUCUCUUCCCCAGGAAGUGAUUACAAACUAGGCUGUUCUCCUCUGAGUAUCAGAAUAGCUCAGCCGGUAGAGCACGGCGCUUGUAACGCCAGGGUAGUGGGUUCGAUCCCCGGGACCACCCAUACGUAAAAAUGUAUGCACACGACUGUAAGUCGCUUUGGUUAAAAGCGUCUGCUAAAAUGGCAUAUUAUUAUUAUCAGGAGACACUUCUCAUCCUUCUCUCUCUGUGCUUCAACAAGUGAAGUGGAUGCAAUAGUUUGCUUGGGCCUGAAUUCUGUUUGUUUUUCUCUUGUUCUUCCUCAGGACAAGUGUCCUUCUACAACGCUGAAACCAAGCAGUUGAUCCACACGUUCAAGGCUAAGUUUAGCCAACCUGUUGUACCAGCCUUCAUGGUAUGUUUUGUCUGUAUUAUGGUUGAUAUUAUUUUGUCUAACUACCACUCCCUCAUCCCUGUACUUUACACCGCCUGCCUGUCAUCAAGACCUAGAUAACACCAGAGAACUUGUAUUGUAAAAAAAACAAUAUAAAAAAUAAAUAAAAAUAAAAGUUUCUUUCAUGAACUAACACUCGUACUUCUAACUAGCACCGACUUUUCUGACAGCUACUUUGUCGGGAAGAAGUGUUGUGACUAUGACUGUGAUAUGUGGUUGUCCCACCUAGCUAUCUUAGGAUGAAUGCACUAACUGGAAGUCGCUCUGGAUAAGAGCGUCUGCUAAAUGGUCUCUCUGGAUAAGAGCGUCUGCUAAAUGGUCUCUCUGGAUAAGAGCGUCUGCUAAAUUACUCAUAUAUAAAUGUGAAAUGUUUCAUGACUAUUGGUAGCACAUUUCAUUCACAAGUGGACAUUGGUCAAAGAAGAUCAAUGUUAUACACCCAGACAAACUCAGUUUAGCAGCAGGGUAAAACAGGGCUUUACUUUCAAUAAUCUGUCCAGUGACAAUGCAAAUAUGUUGCCAUAUUCUCCUUUAAUCACCCCAGGAGGCCUUGCAUGUUAUUUGCUUGAUGUGUUUAGAGCUCAGUCAGUCCCAGACCACAGGUCCAUAGGUCAGUCAGUCCCAGACCACAGGUCCAUAGGUCACAGACUAGCUCAGUCCCAGACCACAGGUCUAUAGGUCACAGACUAGCUCAGCCCCAGACCACAGGUCCAUAGGUCACAGACUAGCUCAGUCCCAGACCACAGGUCCAUAGGUCACAGACUAGCUCAGUCCCAGACCACAGGUCCAUAGGUCAGUCAGCCCCAGACCACAGGUCCAUAGGUCACAGACUAGCUCAGUCCCAGACCACAGGUCCAUAGGUCACAGACUAGCUCAGUCCCAGACCACAGGUCCAUAGGUCAGUCAGCCCCAGACCACAGGUCCAUAGGUCACAGACUAGCUCAGUCCCAGACCACAGGUCCAUAGGUCACAGACUAGCUCAGUCCCAGACCACAGGUCCAUAGGUCAGUCAGCCCCAGACCACAGGUCCAUAGGUCAGUCAGUCCCAGACCACAGGUCCAUAGGUCAGUCAGUCCCAGACCACAGGUCCAUAGGUCAGUCAGUCCCAGACCACAGGUCCAUAGGUCACAGGCUAGCUCAGUCCCAGAACACAGGUCCAGAUAUUAUCCAUAUACACCCUGUAUCUGUGAAAUCUACUGGGUGUGUGUACACUAUAUUGAACCAGCUAAAACCAAUACAUUUUCAGUGAUCCGAAAAUUGUCUUCCUUGGUCUACCAAGAGUGAGGAAUACUGGUACAAAACAAGAGAAGAUAUGCCUGUGAGUCUGUAAUGAUAGUUAAUGGUCUCAGAACAGUCCAACUGCCGUGAACAACACAUACAGUGGGGGGAAAAAGUAUUUAGUCAGCCACCAAUGGUCCAAGUUCUCCCACUUAAAAAGAUGAGAGAGGCCUGUAAUUUUCAUCAUAGGUACACGUCAACUAUGACAGACAAAAUGAGAAAAAAUAAUCCAGAAAAUCACAUUGUAGGAUUUUUUAUGAAUUUAUUUGCAAAUUAUGGUGGAAAAUAAGUAUUUGGUCAAUAACAAAAGUUUCUCAAUACUUUGUUAUAUGCCCUUUGUUGGCAAUGACACAGGUCAAACGUUUUCUGUAAGUCUUCACAAGGUUUUCACACACUGUUGCUGGUAUUUUGGGCCAUUCCUCCAUGCAGAUCUCCUCUAGAGCAGUGAUGUUUUGGGGCUGUCGCUGGGCAACAAGGACUUUCAACUCCCUCCAAAGAUUUUCUAUGGGGUUGAGAUCUGGAGACUGGCUAGGCCACUCCAGGACCUUGAAAUGCUUCUUACGAAGCCACUCCUUCGUUGCCCGGGCGGUGUGUUUGGGAUCAUUGUCAUGCUGAAAGACCCAGCCACGUUUCAUCUGCAAUGCCCUUGCUGAUGGAAGGAGGUUUUCACUCAAAAUCUCAUGAUACAUGGCCCCAUUCAUUCUUUCCUUUACACAGAUCAGUCGUCCUGGUCCCUUUGCAGAAAAACAGCCCAAAAGCAUGAUGUUUCCACCCCCAUGCUUCACAGUAGGUAUGGUGUUCUUUGGAUGCAACUCAGCAUUCUUUGUCCUCCAAACACGACGAGUUGAGUUUUUACCAAAAUGUUCUAUUUUGGUUUCAUCUGACCAUAUGACAUUCUCCCAAUCCUCUUCUGGAUCAUCCAAAUGCACUCUAGCAAACUUCAGACGGGCCUGGACAUGUACUGGCUUAAGCAGGGGUACACUUCUGGCACUGCAGGAUUUGAGUCCCUGGCGGCGUAGUGUGUUACUGAUGGUAGGCUUUGUUACUUUGGUCCCAGCUCUCUGCAGGUCAUUCACUAGGUCCCCCGUGUGGUUCUGGGAUUUUUGCUCACCGUUCUUGUGAUCAUUUUGACCCCACGGGGUGAGAUCUUGCGUGGAGCCGCAGAUCGAGGGAGAUUGUCAGUGGUCUUGUAUGUCUUCCAUUUCUUAAUAAUUGCUCCCACAGUUGAUUUCUUCAAACCAAGCUGCUUACCUAUUGCAGAUUCAGUCUUCCCAGCCUGGUGCAGGUCUACAAUUUUGUUUCUGGUGUCCUUUGACAGCUCUUUGGUCUUGGCCGUAGUGGAGUUUGGAGUGUGACUGUUUGAGGUUGUGGACAGGUGUCUUUUAUACUGAUAACAAGUUCAAACAGGUGCCAUUAAUACAGGUAACGAGUGGAGGACAGAGGAGCCUCUUAAAGAAGAAGUUACAGGUCUGUGAGAGCCAGAAAUCUUGCUUGUUUGUAGGUGACCAAAUACUUAUUUUCCACCAUAAUUUGCAAAUAAAUUCAUUAAAAAUCCUACAAUGUGAUUUUCUGGAGAAAAAAAAUCUCUAUUUGUCUGUCAUAGUUGACGUGUACCUAUGAUGAAAAUUAAAGGCCUCUCUCAUCUUUUUAAGUGGGAGAUCUUGCACAAUUGGUGGCUGACUAAAUACUUUUUUCCCCCACUGUAGCUAUGUAAGGCGUGCCAUCAUUCGGCACAUUUCACAGCCGUAUUGCAAGUUGUUAAUGUGUGUUUUGUUAUCUACAGGUAUGGUGUAGUGGACUAUGGUAGAGGUGUUGUAUUCAUGUGUUGUGUUGUUCCAGGUAUGGUGUGGUGGACUGAGCCUCAGUACAGGGAUGCAGGUCCCCAGU